GUGACGUCAUCCCAGGUCCUGCAGCUCUUGCAGUGCACAGAUACAGAGCAGGUCCUGGUCAGGGUCUCUCUUCUUCUCUCCAGAAUCCCCCUUUAUCCCCGGGGUCUCUCCUUGUCCUGGAGGAUCUCCUCCAGCUCCUCCACCAAGGAUGGACAGGAAGGAGAUCAGCAGAAGAAUAUUAGACCUCACCUUGGAGAUCAUCUCCCUGCUGAGCGGAGAGGAUUACACCCUAGUGAAGAAGACAUCGGGGAGGACUCCCUUCAUCCAGGAGUCAGGAAGGUGGACCCCCAUCACAGAGCCUCCCCCCCUGAUACAUGAGGAGAAGGUCCUAGAACUCACCCACAAGAUGAUGGAGCUGCUGACUGGAGAGGUUCCUGUAAGGUGUCAGGAUGUGGCGGUGUAUUUCUCCAUGGAGGAGUGGGAGUAUAUAGAAGGACAGGAGGAUCUGUACGAGGACGCCAUGAUGGAGGAGUCCCGACCUCUGACAUCUCCAGGAAAUCCCCAUAAAAAGUCUAAAGGAAACUUCAUGUUACCACUAGAUCAUGAAGAAUAUGAAGAUAUCAUGCAGCGCUCUUCAGGAGAAAGCCUCAUUGCCUAUAAUGUACAUCCAGGACCCCACAGCAGAGAUCUAUCAUAUAAUCCUCCUAAUUAUGAAGAACCUUCUCCUGACCGAUCAGAGAUCAUUACCACAAGUAUUGGGCAUAAAGGGGGUAAAAGGUAUGAAUGUGAGGAAUGUGGAAAACAGUUUAUAAGCAGCACAGAUAUACAUCGGACAUGUCACACAGGAGAGAAUCCUUAUUUAUGUUCAGAAUGUGGAAAAUGUUUUAUACAGAAAUCUGAUCUUAUUACACAUGAGAGAAGUCACACAGGAGAGAACCUGUAUACAUGUUCAGAAUGUGGGAAAUGUUUUAUACAGAAAUCAGAUCUUAUUACACAUGAGAGAAGUCACACAGGAAAGAAGCCAUACUCAUGUUCAGAAUGUGCCCAAACUUUUAUAUAUCGAUCACAGCUUGUUAGACAUCUGAGAAGUCACACAGGGGUGAAGCCAUAUUUGUGUUCUGAAUGUGGGAAAUCCUUUAUAUAUCAGUCACAUCUUGUUAGACAUCUGAGAUGCCACACAGGGGUAAAGCCAUAUUCAUGUUCAGAAUGUGGGAAAUCUUUUACAAAUAGAUCAGAUCUUGUUACACAUCAGAGAAUUCACACGGGAGAAAAGCCGUAUACAUGUUCAGAAUGUGAGAAAUGCUUUACAAAUAAAUCAGAUCUUGUUUCACAUCAGAGAGGUCACACAGGAGAGAAGCCAUAUUCAUGUUCAGAAUGUGGAAAACGCUUUAGAAGCAAAUCCUCUCUAAUUAUACAUCAAAGAAUUCACACAGGAGAGAAGCCAUAUUCAUGUUCAGAAUGUGGAAAAUGCUUUAGAAUUAAAUCAGCUCUUACUAUACAUGAGAGAAGUCACACAGGAGAGAAGCCAUAUUCAUGUUCAGAAUGUGGGAAAUGCUUUACAGUUAAAACAAAUCUUGCCACACAUCAGAGAAUGCACACAGGAGAGAAGUCAUUAUGACGUUCUACAUAGGGAAAAUCCGUUUUUGAAACUAAUCAGAAAAUUUACACUGAGAAUAAACCAAUUUCGUUUUUUGGAUUGUGAAAAUGCUGUGAGCAGUUCUUACUGGUGUAUCAUUUUUAUCAAAAUUUCCAUGAUGGCACCUGACCACGAGAUGAUCAUUAGAUAGUGAUAGGUAGUUUAAAAGAGAUUUUACUCCAAUGCCUUUUCAGUGUCUUCCUGAACCU